AUGGCUAGAGAUUUAACAUCCAAUAAUCCAAAUCAUCCUAAUAUACUGUCAUCUGAUGAUAAUAACUCAGAUUUAAACUUUGAAGCAUCCCAUAAUCAAUCUUCAAACCCUUUCCUUUCUCAAAAUGAAGUAUCAAAUGAUCCAAAUCAAAAUAGGUCUUUAUUAAUCGAUCAAAACUCCAUUAAUUCUUCUUCAAGAUAUUCCACUAACUCUGGUGUUCAACCUCCUUCAUCUUCAAAUAUUGAUAAUCAAUAUGGAAAAUUUAAUGCUUAUAGUGGUUAUUAUUCAAAAAAUGGUACUUCAUCUCAUUUAUUAUCUCAUGAAAAUAGUUCAUCUGAAGAUCAAAUCACAUCUCCAAAACAUCAAUCUUAUCUUAAUAUUCAAAAUUCUUCAUCCUUAAAUAAUAAUAAUAUUCAUGUUCCUCCAGAAUUCGAUAGAUAUCCUUCUAUGGCAGGUUCAAGAGUUGUAUCAACCACAAGUUUAUCAUCUCAUUUAUAUCCUCCUCAAGCUCAACAGCUUCAAAAUAGUCAAUCCCAAGCUACAUCCCAAUAUGGUGAUGAUGAUCAAUCUUCAUCAACUUCAAAUAAAUCAGCAUCAAAUCCAUUUUUAAAUAGUGGAGGGGAUUUUUCUCCAUUUGGUGGAUAUCCUGCCACUUCAUUCCCAUUACAUAUUGAUGAAAAGGAACCUGAUGAUUAUUUACAUAAUCCUGAUCCAAUUGCUGAUGCAGAAUAUGAUAAAAAUAGAUUUGCUCAUGAUUUUAAACAUAUGGAUAAACGUUCUAUCGGUGGUUUAAUUGGAUUUAUUGUAUUAUUUUUAGGUGCAUCAGCUAUAUUUGUCAUUUUACCUGCUUUAACUUAUUCAGGUAUAACUUCAGGUUAUAAACCUCAAGCUUAUGAAAUUUUAACUCAUUAUCAAUAUCCUUUAUUAAGUGCUAUUCGUACCGAUUUAGUCGAUCCUGAUACUCCUCAAGAUGCUUUAACUCAUAUAAGUAGAAAUGGUGAUACUUGGAAUUUAGUAUUUAGUGAUGAAUUUAAUAUUGAAGGUCGUACUUUUUAUCCAGGUGAUGAUCAAUUCUUUACUGCUCCAGAUUUACAUUAUGAUGCUACUAAAGAUUUAGAAUGGUAUAGUCCUGAUGCGGUAACUACGGCAAAUGGUACUGCCACUUUAAGAAUGGAUGCUUAUCAAAAUCAUAAUUUAUUUUAUAGAUCAGGUAUGUUACAAAGUUGGAAUCAAUUUUGUUUUACUCAAGGUAUGAUUCAAUUUUCUGCUCGUUUACCAAAUUAUGGUACUAUUUCAGGGUUAUGGCCUGGUUUAUGGACUAUGGGUAAUUUAGGUAGACCAGGUUAUUUAGCUACUACCGAAGGGGUUUGGCCUUAUUCUUAUGAAGCUUGUGAUGCUGGUAUAACUGCCAAUCAAUCAUCUCCCGAUGGUAUUUCAUAUUUACCAGGUCAAAGAUUAAAUAGUUGUACAUGUCCUGGUCAAUCCCAUCCAAAUCCUGGGGUUGGUAGAGGUGCUCCUGAAAUUGAUGCCAUUGAAGCUGAAGUUGGUACUUUACCAAAUGGUGAAUCAUUAGGAGUUGCAUCUCAAUCAUUACAAUUGGCUCCUAUGGAUAUUUGGUAUAUUCCAGAUUAUGAUUUUGUUGAAAUUUAUAAUUUAUCAAUUACUACUAUGAAUACUUAUGCUGGUGGUCCAUUUCAACAAGCUUUAUCAGCCACUACAACUUUAAAUGAAACUUGGUAUGAAAGAAGUGUUGAUGGAGUUACUAAUUAUCAACAUUAUGGUUAUGAAUUUCUUAAUGAUGAUGACACUGGUUAUAUUCAAUGGUUUGUAGGAAAUGAUCCUACUCUUACUGUUCAUGCUACUGCUUUACAUCCAAAUGGUAAUAUUAAUUGGAGAAGAAUUUCCAAAGAACCAAUGUCAAUUAUUAUGAAUCUUGGUAUUUCAAAUAAUUGGGCUUAUAUAAAUUGGCCAUCUAUAAAUUUCCCUGUCACUAUGUCGAUUGAUUACGUUAGAGUAUAUCAACCUGCUAAUGAAACCAAUGUCGGUUGUGAUCCUGCUGAUUAUCCAACUGCUGAAUAUAUCGCUCAACAUUUGAAUAUUUAUGAAAAUGUGAAUUUAACAUCAUUCGAAGAUGGUGGUUAUACAUUCCCAACCAAUAAAUUAACAGGAUGUUAGUCAUAUAUCAAACAAUUCUCCCCCAACAUAUUAUACUUUCUAUUUAUUAUUAUUAUUAUUAUUAUUAGGUUUGAUUUUUGUUUUAGUUUUUAAGGUUUAAC